CGCCCCUCCCACCAGCAAAACCCAGCCUGGCGCUGUUAGCAACUGUCUGCGGCCGCAGCUGCAUCAGCAGCAUUUGCGCGGGGGCUGUCUUUGCUUUCGGCGGUCUGGCUUUCCCUUGCGCCGAGGUAACGGGUGGUCAGAGCAGUUUUCAGUAUUCGCAUGGGGAUUUCAACCAGCCCAAAGUACGCCUACCUGUAAAGUCUUUUGCCUCAUAUUUGUGUAGGAUGAAUGCAUUUGCAAUGGAUAAGAUGGUCUAUCAUUAGAUGCUACUCCUGUCGCAAACCCAAGGAAGUUGCAGCCAAAAUGGCCAAGUACAAACUGAUCCUUUUGAGGCACGGUGAAGGGGCCUGGAACAAAGAGAACCGCUUCUGCAGUUGGGUGGACCAGAAGCUGAGCAGCGACGGGAUAAAAGAGGCUCAGAACUGUGGCAGGCACCUCAAAGCUCUUGGCAUUGAGUUCGACCUGGUGUUUACAUCCAUCCUCAGCCGGUCUAUUCAGACUGCCUGGCUUGUGCUGGAGCAGAUGGGGCAGGAGUGGGUCACCACCGAAUCUUCCUGGAGGCUGAAUGAGCGGCACUACGGUGCCCUGAUAGGCCUCAACAGGGCAGAGAUGGCACUGAACCACGGCGAGGAGCAGGUGAAAAGGUGGAGGAGGAGCUAUGACGUCACCCCGCCUCCCAUCACUGAGUCCCACCUUUACUACCACGAAAUCUACAACGACCGCAGGUAUAAGCACUGUGACGUGCCGUUGGAGAAACUCCCGAGGUCAGAAAGCUUGAAAGAAGUGCUUGAUAGACUCCUUCCCUAUUGGAACGAGAGGAUAGCUCCGGAGGUGAAGAGGGGCAAGACGGUUUUAAUUUCUGCUCACGGGAACAGCACGCGCGCUUUGCUGAAACAUUUGGAAGGCAUCUCUGAUGAGGACAUAGUCAAUGUGACUCUGCCCACUGGCGUCCCAGUUCUCCUGGAGCUUGACGAGGAUCUACGCUCGCUUGGCCCGCACCAGUUCAUUGGUGACCAAGAGGCAAUCCAAGCUGCCAUCAAGAAAGUGGAAGAUCAAGGCAAAGCCAAGCCCACUCUUGAGAAAUGAAAGACUGCUUAUGCAAAAUGCUCUCCCUUUUACCUCUUACCGUGUGCAGGAAAAGGAUAGCGCUUUGUGCUUGCCCUGUGAGGACUUGCUUAAGUUCCCAGUAAGUGGUAGAUUUUUAGCAUUUUAGCACACCAUUUUUGGUUAUUCUUUAUUUCCUUCUAGCAGCUGUGUUGGAUCCUGGUACAAGUAACAGUGAAUUUUGUUACUUGUACAGAAAGCUGUUGUUAUAAACUUUCCAUAGCCUUUGUAUAAGUCUUACACUAUCGGAGAAGGCCAGAGCAAGAACUGGUAUGCUGAAUAUAUAUAUUCAUCAUUGUGAUCAAUGGAGAAAACGCUUUCUGAUUUUAACCUAGGCCUCAAGUGAUAGUUACAAGUUCUCAGGUUCACAGAUGCUAAACAGUCACAUAAUUAUUUAACUUAGAAUACCCCCUUCCCCCCCCCCACGAAUUUUUCUCCCCACUGUUUGCAAUUUUACAACUUCUGGUAUAGCGUUUAUCUCUGUUAAACGGAUUGGUGUGAUUUUUGAUGCAUGGCUGACUGUGUUAUUUUGAAUAAAGCCCGUAUAUUUUUACAGGCAUCAAAAUGCUCACAUUGGCUGAAUUUUCCCAAGUUUUAUUUUUCAUGUUGGAGAGGACCAUUUUAAAAACAAAUCCCAGUUAGACUUGACCCAUAUGCAGUAAUGAAGGAUGAAUAUUGAUGGUACCACUUCAAAAUCUCAUUAUUAUUUUUUAAAGAUUUAUAUUCUAAAUUUUGCUUUGGAUGUCAGGAUAUAAGUUGUGCUCUAGGGAGAAGAGGCAGUUUCCAACGAAGCAAUGCACAAGGUUCAUUCAUAAAGGAGCUUUCUCUUCCUGCACACUCCCCGUGCCAUCCUCAAAUCUGCUCCUGAGGGUUAAGGAAACUUGGAUAAUUUUUUAUGGGGGGGGGGGCAUGCAAGCAGGAAGAGGAGAUAGAGGGAAAAUUCUAUUGCACAGUCAGAGGUUCUUUCAUUCUUGGGCCAGCAGCUCCUAUACAUUGUACCCUGUAGGAAUGCUGUAGGAACAGUUGUGGGGUUGAUGGCGUAUUAGUCCAAAAGACCUGAAGACUUAGCAGCUUUGCGAAGACAGAACUACUGGAAAAUAUAAAUGUAAACUCUGAUGCUAUCCAGUAGAAUGUUCUUGGGACAGCCAGGGCUGUGUUGAGUAUUCAGUUUUUAAAUAGUUCUGUAUCACUUUUCCAGGUUCAAACAGAACAUAGAAUACUAAUUGUUUUAUUUUUAAAUUAUUUUUCAAUUUUUUAAAAUUCAUUUUAUAACACAAAUAGAAUAUUAAUCUGUUUUAAGUACAGAACUAUGUAAAACAAUCACAGUCAAUUAACAAAUAGAAGGAAGCUCAGAAAGGGGAAGGAACUACAGUCCCAUUGAUCAGCGCAACCAGUUGUUUAAUUCCAGUAUUUUCCUCUCUUCCGGGGUCAUGACCUUCCAACAGGAAGGAGUGAUAAAAUAGCCAUCAAUGUCCAACAACUUCCUCUCCAGAAUCUAAUAGACCCUUGCACUACACCAGACCCUCUGUCAGCAUUUCUAAGCACAAAUGCAUUUAUUUAUAUAUUUUAGAAACUUUGAAGACAUUGUAAAAUUGUAUCCUUGACAGGGUAGGGUUUCAGGGGAGAACUGGGGGGGGGGGGUAUCUAAAAUAAUGUGCACUACUUGUUUGCUUAUCCAAACUAAACUGCUUUUUUUGCACCUGUACAAGUGACAAAUAUAAUUCAGUUUGCACAUACAAAAUGCUAUCUCUGUGUGUAUGUGUCUUUGUGAAACAAGCAAGCAGCUGUUACUACGAUAACUUCUUUCAUUUGUUACUUCCUUUUCUUCCAUCUUGGAAUCUGAAGCGGAGUUUACAGGGUACCUCAGCAGUCUCCUAUCCAAGCACUGAUCAGACCCAGUCCUGGUUGGUUUUUGCAAGAUUGUUGUAUGAUGUGCCUUCAGAUCAAAUCCUGGUAAUGACAAAUAUAUGUAAGGGAUGAAGUGAGGAGCAACGUUUUGUUAACAGGCCCCACUUGUGGUGGUAUUUUAUUUCUCACCAGAGUUUAUUGCCCACUUUACUAAGGUGGCUUACAAAUUAAACCUACAAAAGACAAAUCACAUCAGGCCUGGGAAAAUGUAGUUUUCACCUAGCACCAAAAAGAAAGACCAUAUCAGGAGAGCUGCUCUGGUAAGAGAGUUCCAACAUGUGGUGCCACCACUGAGAAGGCCUUGUCUAUGAUCACGACUCAUCUUAACAAGGGGUGGGACCUCUGAGGCUGAUCUCAGAAAGUGGGCAUAUUAUAUUGGAGCAGGCAGUUCUUUAGGUAACUCCUGAAACAUAAACUGUUGGUCAUUCUUGUGGAGUUGCUGGGCCUAAUCACUCAUGUUUACAUGACAUACUGGGUUUAAUUCAGGAGUGGGUAACUGAUGGCUUUCCAGCUGUCGUUGGGCUAUAGCCCUCGUCAGCCCCAGCUAGCUUGGCCACAAUGGUCAGGAAUGAUGGGACCUAUGCUCUGGCAAUAUCUGGGCGGGGCAUAGGUUCCCUACUCCUACUUGAAUUGCAACCACCCACACAAAAUAUUGCAAUGGGAACUGUGGCCUGAGCAUUGUUGAAACAGCGAUUAGGGACAAAUCUUGCGUGUGGCAGGGAAUGCAGAUUUGCUGGAAGGAGCACAAGAAGUCAUAAAGCAGCCAGAGCCAUUGCUCCGAAAGAGUGCUGUCCUAUUUACAGCCAUCACAAUCUCUUAGUGAAUUACAAAAAUAUAAAGGAACAGCAGAGGGAGCUGGAGUGUUGGGAUUGUUCUUUCUCCCACCAGCGAAAGGGGAAAUGUUGCAACAGCCCAGGUGUCGACACAGAAGGGAGUGCAUGGAUGAAAACCGACAAUCGCAAGUUUGCGCUUUUAUUUAUCAUCCUAUUUUCACAUCCUAUUUUCUCCCCUCUUUUUAGGAAGUGCGGGUGAGAUUACAUAGAGAUCUCGGGUAGUCUUCCAUCCAGGCACUAAUAAGGUCUGUUUAGCUGUAACAGUACGGUAGCACCAGAAGCCAGCAGACCACUGCCUGGGGUUAUGUUUUAAGAAUAUGAGAAGAGCCCUGGUGAAUUAAAACAAAUGCCGUCUGGCAUCCUGUCCUCAGGCUGGCUUGCCAGAUGCACUCUGGUCCUGCUUACGGAUUUCCCACAGGCAGCAGCACCCUCCCCACUUAGCAAUUUCCAACAACUGCCCUGUGCCGCCUCUGACAGGGUCGGUAGAACUCAGCCAUCACAGCUAGUGGCCACUGACUGCCUCAUCCACCACAAAUUUGUCUAAUCCUCUUAAAGCCAUCCAAGUUUCUAGCCAUCACUACAUAUUGUGGGAAUCAUAUUGCUGGUUAUUUGUAUUUGCCUGGAAACCUAACCAAAUAUUUGUACGGUAAUCUUUUCCACCCAAAGUUACCAAAAUAAACCAAUGAUGCAAACCAGGGAUGGUUUUUAAAACUUCA